AUGAGUAAUGAAGAUACCCCCUCGGACCAUAGCCGAGAAGUCCUCUCUUCGAAACGAGCUCAAACAGCUAACUACUCAUCCGAAGACACACGCAAGUUACUCUCGAAGACAUGUGAAGACCGAACAGGACAUACCCCUCAUCCGUGGCAGCUGGACUGCGCUGAAGCAUUCUUCCUCGGACUGGACUGUACAGUCAUUGCAGGGACAGGGGCAGGCAAGACCCUUCCUUUUGCAAUGCCUACCAUGGUGCGGCAAGAUCGACAGGUGACACUGGUCAUAUCACCUUUAAAUGCUCUUGAGUAUGAUCAGGCCCGUCGUUUCAAAGAGAUGGGUCUGUCAGCUACGGUGGUUAAUGGAGACACAUAUACAGCUAAGCUUCAUCAAGAACUCGAGAACCUGGAACACCAGUUCAUCUUCACCUCCCCGGAGAUGGCAUUUAGCCCAAGCUUGUUCAACUCCCUUCUGACAACACGCACCUUUCAAGAGAACCUGGCCGGAGCCAUAGUCGACGAAGCGCACUGCAUCCCGGACUGGGGUAGCACCUUUCGACCAGCAUAUGGUCAGGUUGAAGGUUGA